AUGGACAAUGACAAAUCUGCUUCCCUAGAUAAGGACAACUCGAGCGAAACAUCUGAACAGUGGUAUUCGCUAGUGCAAUGGGAUGAGGUGCCUCAUUGGCAACAGGAUAACCAUUACAUUCACGGCAGUUAUAGGAGACCAUCCGGCUCAUAUCACAGAUCGUUAGGGAGCCUGUUUUAUAUUCAUAACGAAACCGUGAAUAUCUAUACCCAUCUGCUUCCAGCAUUGGCAGCUCCUCCCACCGCCUUAGCUCUCUACAAGAUCUUACAGCCUCGAUAUGUGCAAGCCACGACCCGCGAUGUCCUUGCCUUCAGCUGCUUCUUUCUCGGUGCUGCCAUCUGCUUAGGCAUGAGUGCGACUUAUCACCUCAUCUCCAACCACUCCCCAGCGGUAAACAAGUUUGGCAACCAGCUGGAUUAUGUUGGCAUUGUACUUCUCAUUAGUGGCUCCUUCGUCCCUAGCAUCUACUAUGGAUUCUGGUGCGACACAACCUUGCAAAGGUUUUACUGGACUAUGAUAUGCUCUCUUGGAGCAGGCUGUACCUCGAUCUCGGUAAUGUCGAGAUUUCGGACGCCGAUGUGGAGGCCAUUCAGAGCUGGCAUGUUCGUGUUGAUGGGCUCCUCCGCAGUCUUUCCAGUACUGCAUGGUCUUCGACUGUACGGAGCAUCACAAAUGAUGAGGCAAAUCGGUCUUUCUUGGCUUGUCUUGCAAGGUGGGUUAUACAUUCUAGGGGCUGCUGUUUAUGCGGCGCGCGUGCCUGAGAAAUGGUCUCCUGGAAGAUACGACAUCCUAGGUAACUCACAUCAGAUCUUUCAUGUACUGGUGGUCCUUGCUGUUGUCUCACACCUCACUGGCCUGCUCAAAGCAUUCGAUUACCGCCAUGGUCUCCAGGGUGGAAUCUGCUUCUAG